CUGCCUGGCUUUUUCUCUCCCUCAAACAACCAAGCUGUCCUCAUGGCAUACCAUAAUUAUUUAUGGUUGUGUUUGAUUUUUCUGCUUGCUUAUUUUAAUACGACGUUGGCGGCCAAAUCGGGGAUACCUCACUGCAAAUCGACCAAUGUCACCAACGGCACCAAACCACGACAACGCAUCGCUGUGAUCUCGCACGAUUCGGCUAUAGUCACAUUUUUUCAUAAUCCAGAGCAAGGCGCACGGGAUGCCGCCACCAUUCUCGAUAUCGAUUUAACAUGGAAUCGCCACUUUAUCAACAGCGUCGAGAAAAUGCAAGCCGAUAUCUAUGCGGCUGUGACUCGGGUAAUGAUCCAUUGAAAUGCGAUGAUCGUGAAUGCGAUGAUCGUGAAUGCGAUCAUGCAAACAUGGGCAAUGGACUGAAUCAUUGGUUGGAUCAUUUCUUUUUUAGGGGGUCGAUGGCAUCAUUGUCA